AUGGCGACGCCGGCCGUGGCGGAGGCGCUUCUCUACGAGGUGUACCUGCACGCCGAACAUGAGGAGGCGGGCGAGACACCCGCGCAGGCCGUCGCAUCGCUCCUUGGCGACGACAGCGACAAUGAAGAUGACGAGCUACCGCUCAGCAAACGUGCAGUCAAGCUCGCGGGCAAGGCUGCCGUGGGUCUGUACGGCGCGGUCAGGACGUCGAUCAAAUCCGCGGUGGCCCGCGUGGGCGGUGGCGACGACUCGAUGAGGCCGCUGCUCGCCGCGUCCGCGCGCGGCGCCGAGGUCGCGGUCGCCUCCGGGGGAACCGUGCGGACGUUCAGGGACGAGGACGACUUCGAGAGGCUCCUCGGCGCGUUCGAGGCACCCGCGCCGUCCACGUCCAGGCCGGCCGGGACGCGAUCGAAUGACGAUGACGCCGACGAGCGCCACGCCGACGAGCGCCAGCGUCACCCGGACCGGAGGGUGACGCACGCGUCGUGGGCCGCCGAUGGAUCCGCGCUCGCGCUCGCGACCCUCGGCGGCGACGUUCACGUCAUCACGCGCGUCGGCAGGCUCCUCGUCACCCAGCCGGCCGCUUUGAGGCCGCGCGGCGCGAGGGGAUGUCCAGCCGGCGUCGCGCUCGCCGCCGCCGCCGGUGGAUCGCACGAGCUCCUCGUGCUCGCCGGCGGGGACGGAAACGGCGGCGCGCUGCACGUCCAGCGCGUGUACGACCCGACCAUCGACGAUCACAUCGCCGCGCAGGCGAGGGAGGAGGGCGGCGGCGGGGGGGGCAGGGUUCGAACGGUUCGCCUCGCAGGCGGGGGCGACGGGACGGGGCCUCGAGUGGCGAGGGCGCAGGGCUGCGCGUGGAACGAGCGUAGACGGAUCCUGGCCGUCGCCGGUGACACGCCGUCAUCCCGCACGACGACGACGAUCAUCGACGGGGGCGGCGGCUCCGGGACCCAACCGGCGCAGCAGACCCCGAUUGUGUCGUCGUCGUGCGCGGUGGGUCUGUGGAGAUACGGCGGCGGCGGGGGAAACGGGGAGAUCCCGGUGCCAAUCGCGGUGGUCGCCGCGUCGCCGGCACCGGCGCCGGGUCUGUCCGUGGGCGCGGUUCUCGAGUUUUUGACGCGAACUCUGGGUGCGCCGCCGGCUAGGUGUCACGUGUCGAUGCGUAUCGGCGAAGAGGCGGGCGACGAAGAGGAUCUGGAUUUGGAUCUGGCCGUCGUGGAACCUCACGGGACGCUGCGGGUGUGGCGGCUCCCGUCGGGCGGGUCGAACCUGGAGCCGGUCAAACUGGCGGGGGAGGACGAUUGUGUGGGUGAUCGUCGCGUUUGCUCGGCGACGUGGUGGUCGAAGGGUCGGCUCGCGUUCGCGCGUCACGACGGCGACGUGGUGGUGGCGUCGGUACCCGAUAUGUCCAACGCUUUGGGCGAGGAGCCGGAGGCUUUCGACGGGUCUCCCGCGCUGGUGACGUGUCCCAGGGUCACGGACGAGGGCACGAGCGAGCGCGUCGUGGUGCUGGAGACUCCACCGCCCGAGACCGUGGGUGCGCGUCGGUGGCGCCUCGCCACGCUCAACGCGCGCUCGCCCCGGGAGAUGCUACGCGCCCACCUGGACGCGGAGGAGUGGGGCGUGGCGACCCAGCUCGCGAGACUGCACGGGCUCGACCCCGAUGAGGUUCACAAGGCGAGGUGGCUGGCGUCCCCUCCCGGUAAGGAGGCGCUCAACGACGCGCUGGCUAAGGUGACGGACCGUGCGUGGGCCGCGGCGCAGUGCGCGGCUGCGGUGGCGAGCACGUACGAGCAGCAGAGGUUCGUGUUGGUCUACGGUUUGAAGGAAACGGAGAGACGGUGCGGAAGAAACGCGGAGGACGAGACCGACGUAAAGUGGAACUGGUGGACGAGGCUGAGGCUCACGCUCCUGGCGCAGCUCGACAGGCUCGACACGCUCAACGCCGUGCACCUGGGUAACCACGCGCCGAGGGCGUGGGCUUCGUUCCGGUCGGAGACCAUCGGCGACGCGGCGGUUGGGUUUGCGACUGCGGGUAACCCGAGAGCCGCGGAGACGAUCCUGCGUCGCCACCCCCGCGCGGGUGGUCCGUCCCUGCUGGACGCGCUCGAAGCCCUCCCGGAGACCAUGUCCCCUUCGGAGUACCCCGGCCUGAUGCCGUGGGCGCAGCCGUGGUGCGGAACGGACGCGCCGACGUCGACAAGGGGCGCGCGGGUGCCCGACUGGGUGGAAGGGUCGGCGGCGCUCCGGGCCCUCGCGCAGGAGGAGGAGGAGGCGGACGGAGCGAGCGACCCGCGCCUGCGGGACGGAAUAUCCGCCGCGGCACUCGCCGUGAAGGAGGCGCAUCCCUCCGCGGCGUGGCUCGCCGUCGCGACGGAGGAGAUGGCCCGGUGCAAUAUACCGUGGCAGCCGGCGGCUGCGAGAGUGGAGGGUGGCGCCGCCGCGUGGGCCGCCGCUCGCGCCCGGAGGAUGGACGACCUCGCGGGAGCCGUCGGACCCGCCGCGGAGCUCCUCGCCGCCGCGUCGUCCGCGCUCGGGGCUCACGACGACGGGAGCAGCUCGCUCGAGGCGCAGGCGAGGGCGGCGGCUGAGCUGGCGGCGGCGGUGUACGAAGCCGACCCGCCGGAUCCAACCUCGCCCCUGGUGCACGGCUCUCCAUCGCUCUGGUCCGCGCCUUUGGCCGCGUACGUGGACGCGUCCGUCCCCGAGAGGCUCGCGUCGCUGCUCGGGGACGCGCGCACCUCGCCUGAACGGGUCGCCGGCGCCCUGGCCACGAGCGCGGUGGCCGCCGUGUUGGCCAACGAGGGCGGCGGCGCGGCUCUGCUCCACUGGAUCGGCGAUGUCGCCGCGUCCGGCAGGGUCGACGUCGUGGCGGCCGCGAUUGAGGCGUCCUCGCGGCAUGGCGAUGCGCCGCUCGACGCGUUGGGUGGGUACGAUGGACUCGCGAACGCCGCGGCGGCGGCGGUGGAGGCGUGCCCGUCGGGAGACGCCGCGACUGCGGCUUCACUCGGCGCCAUGCUCGAGGCUCUCCCUCCGCAGGCUGCGGACCAACCGGGGGCUCGAGCGGCCGUAGCUAACGUGGCCGCGUGCCGCGUGAUGGCCGCCAGGGGCAUCGUGGCGACGCCCGGUGAGAUUGCCGCCGCCGCGAAGGAUGCGGUCGCGUCGAGAGACUUUGUCAAGCGCGUCACCGCGCGAGCCGUGCGCGAGGCAUCCGGGGCUAAAUUUUCUGACGGCGGAAGUUCGUGGUCGCGUAAGCUCUGGUCCGACCUCGCGGCUCUCGCGUCGCCCCACGGCGCUCUCAGUGCGCACCUUUCGCGCGAGGACGCCGCCGCCGAGCUCCUCCGCGCGCAGCUUCGCGUCGGUGGCGGCGCGGAGAGGAGCGUCUCCGCCAGGCGCGCGCUGCAGAACCUCUUCGGCGGCGGCGGCGGUUUGGGCGAUUCGGACAUUGGCGUGGGCGCGGCCGUGGGGGUGGUGGCGGGAUCCGCCGCGGGCGAGCUCGUGUCCGUCGCCGGUACCGUCGCGGGCGCGGUCGCCGGUAGGGCGGUCGGGGCGUUGGGCGCGGCCGUUAAGGAUGCCAGAGCCGGGAACAUCAAGGGCGCGGUGACGCACGGCGCGGGCAGAGCCCUCGGAGCCCUCGGAGGGCUGGUGGGCGGCCUCGGCGCCGCCGCGGCCGAGCUCGGGGGUCAUGCCGCGGGCCACCUGGCGGGCAGCUCCGCGGACUGGCUGCCGCCCGCGCUCCCCGCGCGCGUCGCCGAGGGUGUCGUCGCGGAGGUUGCGAGCGAACAUCUGUUCUCGGCGUCUUCGCCCGACGACGCCGGCAUCGCCCGCGCCGAGGCUGUGCUCAACUGCGUCCCGAACAGGGGGCGACGAAACGAGGAAGACGAGACGGAUGACGGCGUGUGCGCCCUCAGGGACGUCGUCACCGCGGUCAGGCAGCUCGUCACGUUCGGGGUUGACCUCGCGCCCGUGAACGUGCGUCAGACGGCAAACCGAUUCGACAUCGUCGAGCGGUGCCUGUCGGAGCGCGAGGACGCGUACCUGCGCGAGGGCGAGCUCCAGGAGCUCGCCGCGAGGCUCGGCCUUCGGGGCACGCGCGCGACGCACGAGGUGUCCGCCGCGUGCGCCCGCGCGGCGAUGCGAGGCGGCGACUGCGCGUUUGCGACGGCGAUUGCUCUUCGACUCGCGGCUGCCUCGUUCUCGCCUUCCUGGGACGUCGCCGCCGCCGUCGCCGAGGCUGCGGACGCGACGGACGCGACGGGCGGCGACGGGACGUGGAGACCGCCCGGAAUAGACGCGCGCGCCGGGCUCCUGUCCUUCGCGCUGGCGCGCUGUUCCCCCGAGCGCAUGCCGGACCUCCUGGCGUCCUGGCAGCAUCUCGAGGCGGCUCGGCUCGUGGCCAACGCCGGCGUGGAACCCCCCAGGUUCGCGGACGGCGCGGGCGGGCCCCUGGACGAGGCGGCGCGCGCGGCCCUCGUCCGCGCGGCGCCCACGCUGACGCAGGCACACGCGGCGCGUCCCCGGCCGAGGCUCCGCGCGCUCGCCGCGGGGCCCCUCCCGUCGCUGCUCGCCGCCGCGACAUCCGGCGGCGAGGACGACCGCGCGGGGGACGUGCGACGGGCUUCGGCCACCGCACUGGCGUACAGUCUGUGCCUGCAGGACGUCGCGGCGUCCGAUGAGAUCCUCGCGCCCCUCGCGGUGAACGCGGCGGUCGCAUCCGCGCACGACGCCCCGCCGGAGGAGCCCCUCGACGAUAUGCGGGUUCCCUCGUGGGCCGGACCCGUGCUCGGGUUCCUUGUCGGGCUCGAUUCGCCCGAUUCCGUCGGUAAGUGCGUCGACGCGCUGUCCGUGGCGAAGGGCGUGGACAUCAAGGCUGUGCUCGCGCUCGGCGCCAGGGCUCACGACAUGCGCGCGGGUCGGGGAGGCGACGCCGCCGCGGAGCGGGAGGGUUCCCGCCGGUGCAAGUCAAAACUUCGCGCUCUCGCCGACGCGGACUGGCUCGCGAGGCGGCUCGGCGCGACCCUCGUGGACCCCGGCCGCUUCGUCGCGGACGAGAGCGGCUACCGCGCGCGAUCCAUCGUCGCGCUCGCGGCGCUCACCCCGACCACCGAGCUCCCCGCGACCGCCAUCCGACUCCGAGCGUUUGAACUGGCCGAGUUGUACGGCGCGGACCGGGUGGCGGUGGCCGUCGCACACGCGGGUGGUCUGCUCGCGUCCGGCGCCGUCGCCGACCUCGAAGCCGCGUCGUCCGAGCUGGUCGACGGGGCGUUCGCCGAAGCCCCGGAUCGGGCCAUCGCGGGGUUAAAGUCCGACGUGUGGCCGGCGCUGCCGACGGACGAUGGCGGCGACGAGUUUGCCGCGUAUUUCAACCUCCUGAGAGCGACGCACGCGUCCGCGAAGGAGAACGUCGAGGGUCACUCGGUCGCCGCCGCGCGGGCCUCGGCGGCGGCCAACGCGGCGCGCGCUCUCUGCGACGCCGCCCCGUCGCUGUCCCUCGCGGCGCUGAUCGGUCCGGACGGCGGCGCCCCCGCGGGUGGACGCGUCGAGGCGACCCGCGCCGCCGCCGCCGCCGUCGCGAUUGAAGCGCACUCGUCCGGGUCACCCUCCAUCCGGUUCCCCUCCGACGCCGUCGCCGCCCUCGCGGGGGCGGUGGCGACCCUGCCCGAUCCCGCGCCGGGUUUCGAUUCGGACGCCGUCUGGCUCUCCGCGGUUUGCGCGGUGCUGUCGCUUUCGGUUCCCGGCUCGGCUCGAGCGCAGCCGCACGAAAGGUGGACCGCGGCGGAGACGGCGCUUCCGACGUUACCCCCGGACGACAUCGCCGAGGUGGUGCGGUGGUGCGCGCUCGGCGGCGGUCACCCGCUGGGCUGGACGAACGCGCAGGGCGGCGGAGGCGGCGGUUUUGCCUCGGAGGCUUCGCUCCCGCUGAGGAUCAGGGCGCUCGCCGCGGGCGUCGAGGCGCUCGAACGCGCCGAGGUAUCCCACGCCGAACUCACGGCGUUCAGGAGGUCUCUCGCGCGUCUACACGUCGUGGCUGCCGUGCGCGAUGCCAUGCCCUCGCUCGUCCCUGAUUCGCUUCGCAUGCUGGACGAUGACGCGUUUAUCCUGGAAGCUGUCGCCGAGCGAUGGGUCGCGGCGGGUGAACCUUUGCGUCACGUCGCCGGGCUCGUCGCCGCCGGGAGGAAGCACACCGGCCACGAGGGCGGCGACGCGGACCACGUGGACGCGUGUGCAAAGGCGCUGAACGCCGCGAAACGAGCGUUAACGACGGCGUUCGACCCUGGGCAGGGUUCGGCCGAACAGCAGAGGACGGCGGUGAAUGCGCUUCGCGCCGUCGUCACCCGCAGCCUUCGCGACGAUUCCCGUACGGGCGAUUCUCCGGCGCUCAAAUCGUUGCUCGGGAGCGAGUACCCGUCCACACUGGAGAAAGCCCGGUCCUCCGCGUUCGUGGAGCUCCAGGCUUUCGCCGACGAGUCGUCCGGCGCGCCCAGAGGCGCGCGAGGCGCCGCGCUGGAGCUCCUCGGCGAGGUUGCCGGCGGCGACGACUCGUCGGCGUGGCCCGGUUGGCGACCACCCGGGGAGGACGAAGAGGAGGACGCCUCGAUGGAUACCGGCGUGGGCGGCGGCGGCACCGGCGGCGCGGUCACGGCCGGUGGAUCCUCGUCGGCGGCGCGUCUGUUGGCCAUGCGCACCGCCGCCGCCGUCGCGAUUCUCGCCGCCGGCGUGGAGAUUAGCGAAUCCGCCGUGGCUGACGCCGACGCCGCGGGGGCGUGCUUCCGGGCGCUUCUGAACGCCACCCCGGAUGACCGGAUGGCGGCGGCGUCCCCGACGCUCUCGCAGGUGCUCCUACUGUGGGAAAAAUCCGCGAGAUGGGCGACGCCGUCGUCCGCCGCGCCGAGACCCAUGCACGCCCAGUGGCACGACCUGAUCCACCGCGGGUUAACAGCGGGAGCAGCCGACGCGGCGCUCGACGCCAUCGCCGCGGCGGCGAUUGAUUUUGAGGACGUUCACGCCGUGUCGGAUGAGGAGGAGGAGGAGGAGGACGGGUGGGGCGAAUGGGGCGACGAGGGCAAGAGCGAGGCCAAGAGCGAGGCCAAGACGGGACAGUCGGAGAAACGGUCCGGGAGCAAGACUGGCGCGGUUGUUUCCGAGACGGAGGCUCGAUCCCUCGUAGUCGCCGCCGCCGCCGCGGGUCCCGUCGCCGCCGCUAAGGUUGCGCUCGCGCUUCCCUACCCUUCCCUUCGACCCGACGCCCUCGCCGCGCUAGGGAAUGUGGCAAACGCGGACCUGGACGAUGACCUCACCGCGCUCAUUCUCCGCGCCGAGAUCAUCCCCUCGCUUCUGUCCCCCAACUUUGCCCCCAACUUUGCGCUGUACGCCACGGUUUGCGAAGCGGUGCGACGCGGAGCCGAGGCGGCGACUGUCAAGACCCCUUACGCGGUUGCGUCCCUCGCGGCCGCCCGGUGCCACGCGGCGGCUGGGACGUUGGCCAUGUCCGCCGCGGGUCUGCACCCGGCGCUCGUGACGAACGACGCGGGCGUGGCGGUGCUGGAGAGGUACCUGCGCGCGCACAGCAAGAGAAUGGGGGAGGACGGCGGCGGCGGCGGCGGGAGCGAGGCGGCGCGCGCCAACCGUCGCGCGGUCCGCGGCAAGUGCGCGGACGGGCUCAAGGCGCUCUUGGCUGAUCUGAGAUGA